AUGACCUAUUCAGCGCCCGCAUCCAACCCCGCAAGCUCCGCGAAGCCAAAAGUGAAGAAUAUCUCCAACCCACGUCGCCUCCUAAUCCUCACACCAACCUCCCAAUCCCUCGCAAUAAUACCCCCGCUCCUACACUCCCUAACUGGCGUGCCCGUCCUCGACCCGCCACAGCAGCCAGCCCCUUCACCAGCGACAACCCCGCCACAACCAACAUCAAGCUCAACAACCCCACCACCAACAAGCACCUUCGCCGGCUACACAACCCACAGCCCUCUCCGCCUUGAAACAAAAUACUACACAACAGAAGUCCCCGUCUGGGUCGACGAGAUCCCACUCGCGAUCCACGACGCAGAUGCAAAACCUACCCCAACACCAACACCAACACCAACAGCCGAGCAAUGGAAAACCGACUUCCUAAGCACGGAAGCCGAGAUCGUUCGCGAAGCUGUUGGAGCUCUGGUUGUUUGUGUGCAUACUCCUAGCGAUGUGACACCUCCGCCGGGCUCCAAUGCAAACACAGACCCCGCGGAGCGGCCCGACGUGCGCGCACUGCGUGACUUGAUGCGCGGCAUUGGUGCUGUCAAGGAGUGCAUUGAUGAGGAGCGCGGUGGGCUCGGUGAUGUUCCUGGUGUGUUCGUGUUGAUCGGGGGGAGGAAGGGUGGUGCGGGCGUUGCUGCGGGUCAGCAGAGAUCCAAGGAUCCCGAUGCGGACCUGGGGCUUGGUGUUGAUGAUGGGGAUUUAGGUGGUGGGGAGACGGUGCCGUUUUCGGUUGGGUGGUGGGAGGAUCAAUUUUUUGAUAUGGGGUUGUUAGGUUGGGAGGUUGUUGAGUGGGAUCCUAAGGAGAGUUCAGAGAUUGAGACGAGAAAUCAGUAUGGGGGUGAGUUUACUGAAGCAAGCUCUUCUUUAUUAGGUUGGGUGGUAAGGUUUUGGAUUUUAGCUGACUUCAUGGAAUUACUAGAACGUGAAGGUAUGCCUCGUAUCAAAGAGGUCCUUGAGACUCAUGACUGGUCUAUGGUUGGAGGUGGCACUGGCUUUAACGGAGAUGAUGAUCCUGAUAUGGAUUCUGAGGAUGAUCUUCAAGAUCACCUAUUAGGUCUUGGCGGUUCUCGUGGGUUCGGUGAUGAGGUUCAUGAAUUAGAGCGCGAAAUGUUCGGUUUGCGUAUGGCAAUUGAGCGUGGAGGUGGUGAUGGCGAUGAGAGAGAUGACUCCGAUCAUGAUAAUGGCGAGGAUGAGAUUGAUGUCGAAAGCAUGGAGGCACUAAUGAUGCGCAUGCAGGCAAUCAAAGAUAUGAGCUCCGAGCUGCCGGAGGGCGAACGGAAACGAUUCGCUGCAAAGGCCGUGCAAGAUAUUAUGCGCGAACUCUGA